AGGCGAGGAUUCGGGGAUUCGUAUGAUCUUCUCGAGAUUCAGCAUCUCGUUAUCCUGAAAGAGUCCGAGAUUGUGGGGGACACUCGAUCUACACGCCUUAUAAGUUGAAGAGGAACCGACGUCGCUUCCUUGACCCGAGUUCAAAGAGGUCAACGCAAUGGCGUCCCAUGAAGAACGUCAGCGCUUGCUCUUCAUGGCCAAGCUCGCCGAACAAGUCCACAGAUACGACGGUACGUCGUUGCCAUCUUCCCUAUUCUGUUAGGGUUUUAUGCACCGCUGUUGCUUGUCACGCAGAGAUGGCAGACUCGAUGAGGAAGCUGGCGCACCUCGACGUGGAGCUCACCACCGAGGAGAAGAGGUUGCUGUCGGCGGCGUACAAGGAGGUGGCCACGGCCAGGAGGGACUCGUGGAGGAUCCUCGCCUCGAUCGACGACGAGGACGCGAAAGCGAAGGGGCGCUUCUUCGGGGUGAUCAGAGAGUACCGCCGGAAGGUGGAGGCGGAGCUCGCGAGCAUCUGCAACGAUGUGCUGGCCAUGGUCGACGACCACCUCAUUCCCUCCUCGUCCGACGCCGAAUCGUCUGUCUUCUACCACAAGAUGAAGGCAGAUUACUAUCGAUACCUCGCAGAAUCCAAGACGGGCAAUGAAAAGAAAGAGAUUGCAGACAAGUCGCUUAAAGUUUACCAGGCUGCUACCAAAAUAGCUGAAAAAGAGCUAUCUCCGACAAAUCCAAUUCGCCUGGGUUUGGCUUUGAACUUAUCCGUUUUCUAUUACGAGAUCAUGGGCUCACCCGUGCGGGCAUUCCAAGUAGCACAUCAGGCUUUUGAUGAAGCCAUCUGUGGGAUCGACUUGAUGGAUCCAGAAGAACCAUGCAAGGAUAGCACUUUGAUCUUGAAGUUACUGAAGGAUAACCUCGCUUUCUGGAUCUCUGAUGUCAAUACGUUCGUAGACUAGUGAUGUAAGUUCUCUAUGCCAGGAAUGUCAACAGUCAGUGAUGUAAAAGUUCAGUUCUCUUCUUAGUCGG